AUGCCUUUACGAAAAGUUAAAUUAAGCAAAAUCCAUGCUAAAAUAAUCUUUUGUAAUCUUAAAUUGAAGUUAGAUCUAACUGCUAGAAGCCUAUUACUCAGAUAACAAUUAACAGAAAAUUCAAUUGGGCAGUUAAGAUUGGUCAUAGUACAUAAGCAUGGCUUGUGGUAGAAAGAAAUUAAUGACACUUCCACAAAGAAGAGCUGUGCUAAGGAGUUAAGUAUAUAUUUAGAGACAUGUAAAAAGAAAGAACAAGAGUAAGUCUAGCCCAAGAAUGUCAGACUAAGGUUCCUUAAGAAGCCAAGUAAUGGUAAGGAAAUUAAGGAUAGGUCAAUAUGUAUCCUCCACUGUAUGGCGAAGCAAAGGGGAAGCCAAGAAGGAACUCGAUGAGAUUGGAAAGAUAGAAUCGAUAUUGAGUUGGGCCUAAUUAAUACUAUGGAAGAACGGCGCAUUCAUCUAACCUAACUAAUAAUUCAUACAAAAUAUUGAGAUUUUAGUCAAAAUUUCUAAUUAAUCUAAUCAUAAUCUAUUAAUAAAUAAACACAAUAUAACAGAAUGUUUUGUAGUCUGA